AAUAAAUCGGUUGUUUUUAUGCACCUCACUGCCUAUACACAAUUUGUCAAAAUAUUUUUAAUCUAAAUCAUCUUUUCAUUGUGACCACAAGUGUUUUUUGAAGCGCGUAAUGUUCAAGCUCGCAAUUUGAGUUGGCAUCAAAGUUCAUGUGUUAUAUUCGGCGAUGAGUAAACAGGCAUCUACUUAUACUCUCCCUCCUAAAGAACUCUCAAUAUUCAAGAGAGUUGUUAAAUAUUAUGACCAAAAGCAGUACAAAAAUGGAUUAAAGUAUGCUAAACAAAUCCUAAGCAAUCCAAAAUUUAGCGAACAUGGAGAAACUUUGGCGAUGAAAGGUAUUUUAUUAAAUUGUCUUGGUAAGAAAGAUGAAGCAAGGGAAUAUGUAAAGCGUGGUUUAAAGGCCAACAUCACCAGCUUUGUUUGUUGGCAUAUUUAUGGUCUUAUUCAUAAAUCUGACCAUAAGUACGAAGAAGCGAUAAAGUGCUACUUGCAAGCUUUAAAGUUAGAUAAUGAAAAUUUACAAGUGCUAAGGGAUCUUUCAGUUUUACAAAUGCAGUUGAGAGAUUAUGAAGGAUGCAGGGUAUACUAUUAAUUUUCCUUCUAAGAAACUUUUGUCAGGACAUACGUUACAAGUUGCUUCUACUGCGACCUAGCCAAAAAGCAUCAUGGAUUGGCUAUGCUUUAAUUCACCAUUUGCUGGGAAACUAUGAAAUCGCUCUUACAGUCAUCAAUGAGUUCAAAAAGGGUCAAAGUGAAAUACCUCAGUUCGAUUACGAACACAGUGAGCUACUACUCUACCAAGCAAUGAUCAUGCUUGAAGCUGGAAAAGAAAAUGCUGCCUUAGAACAUUUAAAUCAAUAUAGCAACGAAAUAGUUGAUAAAAUAUCUUUGUUGGAAAUGAAGGCUCAACUUCACUUGAAACUUGGACAGUAUGAGGAAGCGGUUGAGUGUUCAUGGAGCUUAAUUGAUCGGAAUCAGGAAAAUAGUUUAUAUCUUGAGCUUUUGGCACAGGCAAAUACAGCUUUAGUCAGUGGUAUAAUAGACGCAAAUACUGAAACGACGAAAAAAACUUAUGAGUCAGUUAUUGCCCGUUACCCCCAAUCCCGUCUAUCUAGACGGUUGAUUCUGAAUUAUUGUUCAGGUGACGAGUUUCUCCAGCGUUUGGAUGCUUACCUAAAGCCAUACAUCAGAAAAGGUGUUCCUCCACUUUUUAUACAACUUGUGGGGCUUUUAAAUGACUCUAAAAAGCUUUCAGCUUUUGAAAGUCUUUUAACUAAAUAUCGUAACAGCAUGAGUGCCAUCGGAUCCCUUGAUGCACAGGAAAGUAAUGAAAAAGAAGCUCCCACAACAGAUGUUUGGCUUAACUAUUUACUAGCUCAGUAUUAUAACUUCAAAAGAAAAUAUCAGGAAGCCAUUGAAAUCAUAGAUUCUCAGUUGCUCUCAACACCUACGUUAGUUGACUUUUAUGUCCUAAAAGCCGAUGUCUUUCACGAUGCAGGGGACUAUAUAACAGCCAGUCGGUGGAUGGAAGAAGCCCAAUCUCUAGAUACAGCUGAUCGUUUUAUUAAUGCUCGCUGUACAAAAUUCAUGGUGGAAGCUCAUCGCCUUGAAGAUGCCACUAACAUGGCUUCUAAAUUUACAAGGGGAAACACAUCGCCAAAGGAAUACUUGUCUGAGAUGCAGUGCAUGUGGUUUCUGUUAGAUAAUGCCAGAGCACUUAAAGAAAUGGGCAGAUUUGGUGAUGCCCUUAAGUUGUGUCACGAAGUGCAGCAACACUACAGAAAUAUUCUUGAUGAUCAGUUAGACUUCCAUUCCUACUGUCUGCGGAAGGUUACGCUACGAUCAUAUGUUGAGACACUGCGAUUAGAAGAUCGUUUACGGGAUCAUCAGUCUUAUUUUGAUACCGCUCAACUUGCAGUUGAAAUUUACUUGCAACUGUAUUCUCAACCAUUGGACAGUAUUGAUGAAUCUCCUCACGGCGAAAAUGACGGUAUGUCUUCAUCUGAAGCUAAAAAGCUACGAAAUAAACAACGGAAAGCUGCUAAGCGUGCGGAAGCGGAAGCUGCUCGGGCUCGAGCUGAACAGGAACGUCGAGAACAAGCAGCUCGUUCAAGACAGCCUGCAUCCGAAGAAGCAAAUGCAGAUAAUCCAUCCAUGGGGGAAAACGACCUAGAUGCUAAUCUACUGGCCAGACCUGAGGAUCCACUUGAAGAGGCAUCCAAAUUUCUUCUCCCUUUGUUGGAUUUGUCUCCUAAAAUUAUUGAGGCUUAUUGUUUGGCCUUUGAAGUUUAUGAGAGAAAGCGAAAAUUUCUCCUCAUGCUCAAAUGGAUUUCCCGUGGUGUGCAACUUACAAAUUCACGUGACAAUCCUUGGUUUCAUGAGUGCUGUGUGAGAUUUCUUCUCCAGCUACACAGUCGUGGAAAAUCAGAUGAUAUAGUUGGCAAAGUUCUUACAUCAGAAGUCCCUAAGUUAUUCAGCGAGUGGCCAGAAAAUAUUUCAUUUGUUCAAGAAUAUAAUAAAAGAUUUAAUCACCGUAAUCAGGACACAUAUCCUCAUGUAUUCAGAUGUAAGCGUUGAUGUUUUUUUGAGGAUUUUCGUUGUAAACUAACAUUUUUUGGUAAACCGGUUAUUUUGCUCUGGUUUGUAUUUUUCAGCACUGGACAUCCACAGCUGUGUAUAUAAUAAACCUAAGGCCUUCAAGUUUCGCAGAGAAGUUUGAUUUCAUUCGAUCAUUAAUCCGAAAUUCAAUAGUCAAUGAUUUUCUUAUCUAAAAAACUGCAAUAAUGUUGAUCUUGGUCAGACUUAUAAACAUAGUGCUACAUACCUGUACCGUUAGGAGGUAGUCAAAAAGUGAACAGGACCAAUUUUUACCGAGGUAGUCAAUGAAUGUACUAUUUAAGUAAUUAUGAAAAAUUAAUUGAAUACAAUUGAGAAUGGUUUCUGAACUUGAAAAGAAAUUACCAAGGCUAGUUUCAUCUUAUUGAACAUCAGUAGUCAAACUCUUAAGUUAAUAGUUGCAACUAUAGCCUUUAACGCACAGGUCAAAAAAGACUAAAAUGUUUUAUAUAUCUUCACAUCAAUUCUUUUGUGUUGAAAUGUUUAACAACUACCCAACAUUUCAGUGUGCUGGUAAAAAGAAAGAAAAAUCUCAGUGUAUUAAACAGUCCAUUUGAUAUCAUUUAUAUGCUACUAAAUGACCGACUCUUCAGCUGUCGAUUAUAUAUAUAACAUGUAUGUCAUAUAAUCAUCACGGUUAGUUGCCUGAUUUUUAUUCAUUUUUUUUCGAAGGGAGUUGUUCCAAGUAUUUUAAACACUGUGUUUACGUUUUUUGCACUUCAAUCGCAUCUUGUCUCUUCAACUUAGUAAAAUUUUGUUUUGGAACCCAUUCCUUCAAAAUAUUUAAAACAGUCAUACUUAAUACAGUGAGAUAUCAAGGAGUUGAAUGGUACUGGUAGCGUUGUUUUGCCAAGCGUUUUUCCGUCGAGUAAUACAUUCUAUAGAGUUUUAUUCUAUUCAAGCACUUACAAACACAUCUUGGAAAUUCUUAAUGUACACAUGUAAUAAACGAGAACACAGGUGGGGUAGUCAAUUAUAUAUGGAUACAAAAUUACAGAAUCUCUUGGUAAAAUAUAAAAAUCAUACACUGAAUACUUCAUUUGCUAAUUUCCAUCAUUUUUCCUUCACAUUUUGUAUCGUUCUUCCAGUUCACAAUCCCUUUAUAUUUUCUUUUCUAUUCUCUUCAACUCAAUCUUAGUCUUCUGCUACCAGAUUUCCCACUUCCAAUUGGUGUUACAUAUUACUUAUGUCGGUCGACAUAAGUAGCAGACACCACAUACAUGUCUUUUUAUCCUUUACAACAUUGGAUACGUAAUACGUAUGACGUGAUUUUAUAACUAGUUUUAUUUUUACUUCCUCACCUAGAACGUAUUAAAAUGUAUCGACUGUAUGGUUUCACUUUUUUGUAAGUCAGGUAUUUGUAAAUUUACUGCUCGUACCAGAAAAUAGCUACUGAACCAUCUAUUAUCUCAUCCCUUCACUUCACUACUGAUAUACUAGUUGAGUUUCCUCGGUUCGGUUUACUGAAAUUUGUAGAAUAACUUUAUUCAUAUCAGCGGUUCGAGCAUAGUGAUAGCUACUUUUUUUGGUAUAAUUUUUAAAAUUGCACUAACGUUCCUGCCAUGCUUGCUGACUACUUAAUGUAUCUAUAGUCACUGAUCGGUCAAUGUCAAUUUAUUUAUUUAUUUGAGCACAUAAAUACUGGUACAAGGAGGCACCGAAUUCAUAUGUGCCACACAAGUCUCUUGAUUUGUAUCAACUAUUGUCAACUACUCAGUUCAUUGCAUUUACUGGAUAUUUGAAAGGACGUAUUUAUAUUUCAUGAUAAUUUCUUAUGUUUUAUUCAGUAAUGUAUUCAGUUAGUAAAUAAAUAAUUUUUUAUUCACUGUGUUGCUCUAUCUUGAGGGAGUUUCACCAGCCAUAAUGGGCUGGCUUCUGAAGAAAGUUCGAUUGGCUUUUGCCAACUUGAGUCACUUGUGAAGUAUAUGCCACGCAUCAGUUCGUCUCUUUCGACUUCAUAGUUGUGAAAUAUGACCAUUAAGAAUAGAGGAUAUUCGUAGGUUACUAGCAUUUGACUAUAGGUAUUUUCAAAGCAUCGCUCGUAUAUUUUAGGACCACAGAGCAAGAAAUGAUGAGUUUAUGUAUAUGGACACCAGAUAAGAAUGGUAAAUCUAUUCACCCCUUGUCCUACUCCAGAGACUCAGUCCUGAAAUCUUAUACCUUAUUUUUCUAUUUCGAAUCUUUUCCUCUGUUAGUGAUACUUUUACUACUCUGAAAUUUAUCUUAGAUUAAUCUUAUCUCGCUGUGUUAAUGUAGUACGGUAAAUUGGGCCAAUGCACAUAUGCGUUAGGUUCUACGUUGCGUAUGACUAUAACUGAUUGACAAUCUUGCCUUCUCUGCGAUAGGCAUAUUGGUCUUGUUCCGUUGUAAUAAGUAUCAAGCAACAGGUUUACCAUGAUCACUAAAAAUAACCAUACUAGCAGUAUCAGCAUUUUUUUCAAGUUAUUGUACCUAAAAUAUUCCAAUCUUUUGAAUACAAAUGUUUUUCUUGAAAGCAGUUUGCUAUAUGAUGUACAUGCUCAAAAGAUUUUAUUAACUUAUCGUUUCCUUAUCUUCGUUUUUUAACAUGAGAUGAUAAUAGAUGAAGGCAGUAACAGGUACAGCUUUAUCAUCCCCGGAAUGAUAAAUUCACAAUAUUUGAGUAGCCAAAUAAAUUAAAACCUGGAUAUGUUAUUUGUUUUUUAAGAAAAACGAUAUUUUAUAUUUCAACCAUACCGUUAGCGAUUAAAGAAUAUUACAUAUUUACGAAGUGAAGUCAGUCUUCAGAAUUAUGAAAAACACACACUCAUUUCGCAUAAAUCGUUGGUCUGUUGAGCUCGUUUAUGUUUUAAAAGAUAUGUUCAUCCAGUGACUAAAAUGGUAAAAAGACAGGUAUCCUGUUGACAACAAUACAUUGUAAUGUAUGUUAUUAAGUUCUCUCUUGAUUAUUUUAAUAUAUCUUAUUAGGACUGUAUCACUUGGAUUUAUUUUUAAUUUCACAUGUUUCUAUUUCCAUUUUUCUGGCAAUCAUUAUUAUUUCUUUAUUGUCUCUCUUUUAUCUUCUGUUUUUGCUAUUUUUAUUAUUUUUCCAGAUACGCUAUGUCAAUGUCUGAUUGACCCACAACAUAGAGAUAAUUAUCUUAGUAAGAUUCCAUUACCAAAUGAUAACUUUAAAGGUGUUACAUGGCAAGUAAGUGUUGGGUUUCGCACUUUGAUUUAAUCUUUUUUUACUACCGGCGAGACACUAUGUUUUGAAUGGUGUCGUUUCAUCCAUGUGGAUCUGUUUUGCCUUUUUAUCGAACAAAUAUCUUGAUCACUUCUAUUGAAAUCGCAUUAUCUUUUGCAUCAGUUUUGUGGUUCCUAUCUAUUUCAAACAGCGUUUGUAGGAUAAGUUUUCGUCUUGAUGCAUCAUCCCUAAAUUAGGGUGUUUUCUGUCCUUCCGACUGAUAUAACUACAGUGCUACUAACUCCUGAAACGAUAAACUUUUUAUUUCCAUACAAUUUUGAUGCUUAUCUGUAGGACCAAUAAUGAUAUGGUGGAAAAAAGUCGGUUCUAAUACAUACAAAAAACUGUAGUUGAUUAAACAUUUGUUUCUUUCCUUACGAUUCUCGACUUUUCAAUGGAAGUAUCUAAAAAUUGUUCGGACACUAAAAAUAGCUGUAAAUGAACUAAGUUGUUCUCGUAAUGCACCUAUUAAAAAUCUUCGUUACUAAUUUUGAUUUCAAGUGAUUGACUUCGACAAAAAUAAAAAAGCAAGAAUGGUGAACUCACAAAUUUCUUUCUCAACCACUUAAUAUAGCCAAAGAUGGAUAGUGGCUAGCAGUGGAAUCCAGGAGGCGCGUUUCGUCCUACUUGAGACUCGUCAGCUGAUGUACCUACAUCCCAGAGUUGAUGUUCACUCCAGGACGCGAGUCCUUUACAGUUCACUUCAAACGCCAUCGCGUUAUCCACUUAGCUACUGAGUCCUGAUAACCACUUGCUUUUGUAAUGUGGGGAAGUUUACAUUCACUUGGUAUUGUUUAUUUGAAUCUUUCCAUUGAUUAAGACUGCAAUUGAUCAAUCAAUCGGCAGAUUCAAACAAACAAUACUAAGCCGUUUAUUAUAGUGCUAGGUAUUUAAGAGUGUACAAGGAUGAUUUCUUAAGGGACCUGAAAGGAAACUAAGUUAAUAGUGGUCCUGGUGACCUGGGAGUGUGACUUUAGAGGCCAAGAGAUAACUACUCAAGGCCGGUCACCUACAGCUUUUUUAUGGGGAGUUUUUGACGUGUCAGCUCCGCAAUUCAAAAAGGCCUUACCGUUGAAGACGGUAAUGCAUAGGGUAAGGUGUGACAUUUUUGUGUUCUCCCAUUCUUAAAACACCAUCCUUUAUCAGAUGGCAGUAUAGCUGCAGAUGCUGGCUGUCAGAAGGAAAAAUUCUACUACUAUCACACCCCUCUAUAGUCAGCAGUACGACUUCACCCUUGGGUUCAAAUAUGAUACUUUUAGUUCUACUCCAACAAACAAACGACAUAUGGAUGAGCAGUUGAAACCUAACUGUUGGGUGUAAGAGGCAGACUACUCACACUGCACCACAUAAGUACUAAUAUUACUUUAAUUGUGUUGAUAUAAACUCUUUUAGAUGAUUUUUCUUUUUGUAUUUAGUCCAUAUCUUAUUUUCCAUGAAAGUAAUAUUAUACCUUUCAACCGUUUUUAAUGAUAUUUUCUUCGUAGUAAAAGUAAUGAUAUACGCAUCCUGCUUUUUUUAGGAAUGCCGCACGUGUCUAGAUAUUUUGCGUAGAGGUCAGUGGACGUUACUGGGUCGUUGUGACCCAUCUGUCAUAGAAAAGUAUCGUUGUGCUUGCAAUGAAUAUUUUCCAAUGGCAAAUGCAUUUCUAACAACCUCACAAAUAGAUAUAUUACGUCAGAAUAUGAUUGAAGCAGCUAAUUCAUCAGCUAUAUCUGGUGUGUUCCUUACGCCGAAUGACAAGGACCAAUUAUCGGAACUCAACACGGAUCAUGGAAGUAAACUAUCAAAUGAAUUUUCUAGACUAACUACUGAACCUAUGGUUAAUGGUGAUCUAAAGGAUUCGACUAGUUGGAUUCCUCAAUCGUGUAAGCAAGUUACAGUAACAAAUAAGGCAACUGAUAUCGUUGUUUAAUUCUUGAAGAACCUACUGAAAUCUUUGCCUAUCCAUUUUAUUCGCUAAAAUUUUGUGUAUGUAUUCAGAAGUUUGUGAAUACUGACUCAUUUGUAUUUUCCAUUGUCCAAUAGUAAAUGUACACUGUUGUAGAAUAAGUUUGAAAUCCUUUUUUUUCAUGUGAAUAUUUCUUGCAUGGAAACUUAUUUAAAUACCUUGGUUCAGUAAUGUUACAUAUGAUUAUUGUAUCACAUGUGCAUAAAACUACUUCGUGAAAUGCUUUUGUAAUUUCAAAAAUCGUGUACAACAAACUUUACCUACUGUAUAUGCGCAGAUUACGUACUUCCAAAUCUGUUCCAGACCCUAUUUGCCAAAUGACUUGUUGAUAAUUGUGAUCAUUAUCAUCAUAUUUACACUGAGUGAAGUUGGUAUGAACGUUUAUUUUAACAAUAAAAUCUUUAGCUUUCUGAUAACUUGUUUCUUUAACACAAGAGCGUAUUACAAUUUAUUACUGUGAACAAAUAUUUCUGCCUUAUAUAAUGUUGUGAAUUCUUCAGCAAUUUCAACAUUGAGUCAGUUACGUCCAAUUUUCAUCUGACGUCCCGAUAUUUAGUGUUUAAAUUAAAGACAUUUUAUGAAUCCCACUGUCAUUAGUUUUGAAUUCUCGUUGUUGGAGUGUUUGUUAGAAUACUUCUCUUCGGGCGUUCAAUGCCGUUAUGAUGCGAAUAUUAACCCACUUCAUCUUUGAUCCUGCCAGUGUUACGCUUCAUUUCUGUCAUCAAUAAAGUAGCUCAACUUCAAGCUUGUUGUCAUAGUGUUCCAUUACCACUUCACAGCUACAGUUCAGCAACCCUAUGGUUUAGUUGUGUAGGUUUGUUCUCUAAUACUAUCCUGUGUACGCCUUAGCCUUGC